UUCCCAUCGCAAGGACAUGGAGCCAUGUGUACGAAGGACUAUUCAAAAGGAUUCUCAGUCAUAGUUCAUCGUCUCUCUCGGUCGGUAGUGGUAAACGGAAUAAAACGGAUACGCGCGCUAUAAAGGGACCCCCCUUCAAUUUCAGACAUAGAAAAAAAAAUUUUUUGAUUUAAAAAAAAAGGAUAAGAAAAAAAAAUGAAGAAUUCCUUAAACUCGGCGGUUGUGUGAGUGAAUACAAAAAUUUAUCAAAAAAUAAAAAACAAAUACAAGUGAAAAAUCUUUGAAGAAUACAAAAUAAGGAUAUAAUUUUACAUUUUUUUCAUAUGCCAGAGAGAGACGAGUCCUGAAAAACCAAGUUGGACUGGAUAAUAAUAUAAAGUGGGUCCUUGCUAAGUUGUUGUUGCCUCAAGCCAGCACCACAACAACAUCACAAACAAUACAAAUGAAAUUAUGUUAAUUGCAAAAGGAUUCUACUACAACUCUCCUUGCUGUCGUGUAUGUGAAGUUAUUUGAAAAAAAUUUCCAAGGAUACUACAAAAACUACUACCUAGCAACUAGCUGUAAGCCACAAAAGACCAAGACCAUUCAUCCAGAAACGUCAUCUCCAUCUUUUUUCGCUCGUAACCCACCUGAACACGACUACUUCCCACCACCAGAAAAAUAAAAAUACAUAAACAAACAAGGACUCUUAACAUAGAUCCAAGACAUAAAGCUAACAACAACAACAACUUGAACAACGUCGAUGUCAGAAAAAAACAAUCUCCGAAAAUUAUUCUCAUAAAAAAUGUAAUGGAAAGCAUUAGACUUAAUAAAAAAUGGAUUUACACGGCCUUUUUAAGGCUGUUCUGAUCCUGUAUAUCGUUCGAGCCUUUAAUGGACUUGACCUUCAGGGACCAAUAUUUCUGCAUGAGCCACCGCAUAAAAUUGAGUUUUCAAACAAUUCAGGAGGUCUGAUAGAAUGCUCGGGUCACGGAAGUCCACAGCCGGAGAUCGAAUGGACACCAAUACCACCGCAACAGGAUUUAGUUUUCACUCUAUCAAAUGGCAGCCUUAUGUUUUAUCCAUUUACAGCGGAAAAGUAUCGACACGAACUACAUUCAACAGUUUAUAGAUGUAAACUCCGAAAUCUUGUUGGAACAGUGCUGAGCCGUGAGGUGCACGUUCGUGGUGUUGUCAAUCAAAAAUAUACAGUCCAAGUGCAUGAUGAAUACGUUAUGACGGGCAACACAGCAGUCCUCAAAUGUCAGGUUCCCAGUUACAUGUCAGAGUUUGUCAUGGUUACAGCAUGGGUUCAGGACACUGGAAUGCAUCUCUAUCCAAAUACAGAUAUCGGAGGAAAAUACACUGUUUUGUCGAAUGGUGAAUUGUAUAUAAACAAUGCUGGACCAAAUGAUGCAUAUAAAAGUUACACAUGCCGAACUGUAAAUAGACUGACAGGCGAAAUUCAAAUAUCAACAUAUCCAGGACGUAUCAUUGUAACAGAGCCCAAAGGAAUGGUACAGCCAAGGAUAAAUGUAGAGAAGCAUUCAAUGAGGCAUGUUGUACUUAAUGGCCAGACAACGUUACCGUGUAUAGCCCAAGGACAUCCGGUGCCAACAUAUAGAUGGUUUAAGGAAGAAAACGAGCAACUACUGCCUUUACAACUAAGUGAUCGAAUAACAAUGAUAUCGGCUGGCCUCCUUAAAAUCACCAAGGCUCGACUCGAGGACAGUGGCAAAUAUCUAUGUUGGGUGAAUAAUACUGCCGGCGAGGAAACAAUCCAAGUGUCGCUCACUGUCACAGCUCCAUUAACCGCUCAUCUGCAGCCGCAGGUACAGACAGUCGACGUGGACAAGGACGCACAGUUUCAGUGCAUCGUAUCUGGACAUCCUGUGCACGACGUUAAUUGGUUACAUGAUGGAAAACCAAUUCUGAGAGAUAAUCGAGUUGAGAUACUCACAGAUCCACCAAGACUGAUUAUUAAAAAGGUGACUAAAGAAGAUCCUGGAAUGUAUCAAUGUUUUGUGUCAAACGAAUGGGAACAAAUACAAUCAACAGCGGAAUUGCAGUUAGGAGAUGCCUCACCGGAACUGCUUUAUUGGUUUUCAGAGCAAACGUUGCAGCCGGGACCGACAGUUUCAUUGAAAUGCGUGGCAACAGGGAAUCCACUUCCUCAAUUUACAUGGUCCCUGGACGGAUUUCCGAUACCGGAUAAUUCGAGAUUCCUUGUUGGGCAAUAUGUAACGAUACAUGACGAUGUCAUCAGUCAUGUCAAUGUGUCAAAUGUCAAGGAAGAGGAUGGUGGCGAAUAUACAUGCACAGCACAGAAUGCUAUUGGCAAAGUGUCACACAGUGCUAAAGUAAAUAUUUAUGGUCUUCCAUAUAUUCGGGAAAUGCCAAAAAUAACAGGAAUAUCGGGAAGCGAUUUGAUAGUUAAAUGUCCUGUCGCUGGAUAUCCUAUUGAUAAGAUCCACUGGGAAAGGGAUGGUCAAACCCUACCAAUCAAUCGACGUCAAAGGGCCUAUAACAAUGGUACGCUCGUUAUCGAACAGCUGCAACGCCUUGAAGAUGCUGGAACCUACACGUGUAUGGCACAAAAUAAACAAAAGCAAACUUCAAGAAGAAACGUCGAGAUUCAUGUGUUGGUUCCGCCAAAAAUCAUGCCCAUACAAGCGAUGACCGAUAUGCUUCGAGAAGGAAUGCGAGCUGCAAUAUCCUGUCAAAUUUUAGAAGGAGAUUUACCAGUAAGCUUUCGAUGGGAAAGAAAUGGAAAACCUCUUAUUGGGACUGGAAAUGAAGUAUUUCGUCGUUUAGAUGAAUAUUCAGCCAGUCUAGUCAUCGAACAUAUCACAUCUGAACACUCAGGAAAUUAUACAUGCAUUGCUAGUAAUGUUGCUGGCACUGUUAAAUUUACCGUUCCUCUAACAGUUAAUGUUCCUCCAAAAUGGAUCCUAGAGCCAAAAGACUCAAGCGCACAAGCCGGACAAGAUGUUUUAUUGCACUGCCAAUCCGAAGGCUAUCCCAAACCAUUAAUAACAUGGAAAAAAGCUAUUGGCGCUAGUCCUGGAGAAUAUAAGGAUUUUUUAUACGAACCCAGUGUUCAAUUGUUCAAUAAUGGAUCGAUUUACUUUAAGAAAAUUAGCAAAGAAUCACAGGGGCAUUUUUUGUGCGAGGCAAAAAAUAAUAUUGGAUCGGGUGUUAGUAAGGUGAUCUUUUUAAAAGUUAAUGUACCCGCCCACUUCACAACGAAAAACAAACAAAUAUCCGUGCCCAAAGGCAAGCAAGUCCACGUCCAGUGCAACGUCCAGGGCGACAAUCCCAUUGACAUCAAAUGGAAAAUGCAAAGCACCCAACAGUAUCUAGACGAAUCCUUGGAUUCAAGGUAUACAAUUCGGGAUCAAGUCCUUGACGAUGGAAUGGUCUCAGAGUUGGGCAUCUCCCACACCUACCGACAAGACACAGGCAUUUAUAUCUGUCAAGCGAGCAAUGCAUUUGGACAGGACGACAUGUCAAUACAACUCAUCGUUCAAGAAGUACCCGAACAACCAAAGAACCUCCGCAUCAAUUCACAACAAUCGCGCAGUCUUCAGCUCACCUGGAGCCAGCCAUUCGCUGGAAACAGUCCAAUCGAGGAAUACCAUAUAUUCUACAAGCAAAUCACAGACAUUUGGCAAAAUGCCGAGCGCAUAUCCAUCACUGGCUCUCAAACGGUUGUGAAUAUACAAAACUUGCGUCCCGCCAAAGCAUACCACAUACGAAUGUCGGCUGAGAAUAAAUUGGGUUCAUCGGAGUUCUCCGAAGUGGUGCAGGUCACCACCCUCGAGGAGGUGCCAUCUGGGCCUCCCUUAAACAUUCGCGCCGAGGCAAAAAGCUCCACAGAGAUAUCAGUCACAUGGGAUGCACCCGAUCGUGACCACUGGAAUGGCAUCCUACUUGGCUACUAUGUGGGCUAUCAGAUGUCAUCAUCGCCCGAGGAUAAGGAAAUCAAUCCGACACAAGGUUUUAGCUUUAAAACUGUCGAAGUUCGGUCACACUUUGGUGGCGAAACGGUUUUGGCCAAUCUGAAUAAGUUCACUCAAUACCAUGUGAUUGUGCAGGCAUAUACGAGUCAGGGUAGUGGACCGCCGAGUAAAGAGGUUGCCGUUCAGACUUUGGAAGAUGUUCCGUCAUCACCACCAGAGAGUCCGCAAUGCGACGUAUUGGGUUCGACGUCGAUUUACAUCACCUGGUCACCACCGGAUGUCGAUGGGCAGAACGGCAAAAUUAGGGGCUACAAAGUGUUUUACAUAUCAGUGGAUGAACUUUAUGAAAAAGAUCCUGAGGUAGUUAAGUCAACAAACCAAUAUCUGACAAUUGAGAAUUUACGAAAAUACACCAACUACACAGUAUGGGUCUUGGCCUAUACGAAAGUCGGUGAUGGCAUGAAGACAAAACAGUUUUAUUGUCGUACACACGAAGAUGUUCCGUCUGCACCGCAGGACAUUAAAGCCAUACCAGCAUCUAAUACAAAAAUAAUAAUCUCUUGGCUGCCACCAGAAAGUCCAAAUGGAGAUAUCACAGGAUACACAUUCUAUAUGUCAGUGCUAGAGGGUGGUCGCGAAGAAGGAACUCAUAAACGAGUCCUAGGUCCUUUUGUUGAAAUGCAUGAAACCCAGCGACUGCAAGAGGCAGCUACAUAUCAAUUCUGGUUGACAGCUUCGACCAAGACGGGUGAAGGCGAAAAAACUCAAGUUGUCACAGUUCCGCCAAACAAUAAAGUCCCAGCAAGGAUUGUCUCAUUCAGCCAGAGGAUUGUCACACCAUGGAAGGAGAAUCUCAUUUUGCCAUGUCGCAAGGUGGGAGCACCAGCACCAGUGACUAUCUGGCGACAAGAUGGUCAUUCUAUGGAAACAAACUCUCGCAAGACCAUAGCUAAGAAUGGGACACUUUUCAUCAGAGACUGUCAGAGUACCGAUGCUGGGAAUUACACCUGUAGUGUGGAAAACACUUGGGGCAAGGAUGAAAUUGUUUACAGUUUGAUCAUUAAAGUGCCACCUGAACCACCAAACUUGACCGUUGUCAAUACCUACACGGAUAGUUUGCAUUUGGAGUGGGUUGACAGUAGUCAUGGGGGAAGUCCUGUACUGGGAUAUGUCAUCAACUACAAGAGAGACAAUGGAGACUGGGAAGAAUUGCAAAUCGAUUCGAAGACUAAUUCGCACUUGUUGAGCAAUUUGUGGUGUGGCACAAGAUAUCAGUUGUAUAUAACAGCUUAUAAUAAAAUUGGAACGGGAUUGCCUUGUGAUAUAGUGAAUUCUUUCACCAAGGGAAAUCCGCCGGUGCAACCUAAGCACUCGCAAAUGAUCACAAAUAAUUCGACAAGUGUAACUUGUUGGCUGGACUCGUGGGGUGAUGGAGGAUGUGGAAUUUUGUACUUUAUGAUCGAAUCGAGACAAUAUGGGAGAUCACAAUGGAACGUUGUUUCAAAUCACAUAGCACCGACAGAACGGAUAUACACCGUCAGCGACCUGAAUCCAGGAACCAAAUACCAACUUAAAGUCACUGCCCACAACAAUGCUGGAUCUACAACAGCUGUGUACAACUUUACAACACUAUCUCCUCAAGGAGUCAUUUUCAACACUGACCAUUCUAACCCUGUAUCGCAUAUGAGUGAUAGUCCGUUCUAUGCAAAUUUCAAAGUUCUUCUUCCAGUCUGUUUAUCAAUGUUAAUCCUUUUAGCCUUAGUUGGAAUAGUUCUUCUUAUUCGAAAGAGAAAAUUAAAUAAUCAAGCUCGUGUACCACCAUCUUCCAUGUCCGAAUCGCCAUCGCUAGCCAAUUUGCAAAACAAACAAAAUCGGGAUCAACAAUACCUUGCAGUACGUUGCAAUCCUGGCAAUCGAAAUUCAAAUUCCAACGAUUCCGGUAGCUUUAAGGCCGAAGGCAACGAAUACAUCGAGGACAUUUGCCCGUAUGCGACUUUUCAACUAAACAAACAAACCUACAGCGAAAGUUCGUACAGCGGAAAUGUGUACAGUGGGCCUUAUCACUCAGUUCGGGGGUCUUUUGUGUAUCAUGAUGUUAAGCCUGAUAGUUAUCAUACUAAAGAGCCAGAAUACACGAAAGUCCGACGAAAAGGUGGACGCCUUCGUGAUCCACAUUCCGAGUCACAAGAAUCGGACAAUCCAGGUUCAACAGAUUCCGAAGUUAGGAAAAUCCUAACACUUCACAUACCAAUUACAGAAUAUGACACACUCGGCUCCGAGUCAGACAACGACGUUAGCUCACGUGCCGUCAAUUCGGCCAAAUAUCGACCGCAGAGGGAUCCACAAGAUGAGACGUCUUCAUCAUCGGAGACAACACCUACAAGUAUGUCACGCAAAUCGAAACCGCCGUUUUCAACUCGCAAAUCUGGAAAGUCGGCGGCAAAUGUGCCAAAACGACAUGUACGUAGCUCCAGUGGGUAUUCCAGCCACAACGAAGAAACCACUUUUAGCAUAUCGAAUUAUCCAAAUUAUCAGGACCACAUAAAUCCUCCAGCAAGAUUUUCCGAUAGUGGUGAGAAAAAAUCACAAAACUCACCACGGAUACGUGCCAAUCCAAAACUUCAAAGGGAAACAUUUCAAAUAAACGUGUAAGAUUUUAAUAAAAAUAAAAAAUAUAAAUAAUUCAAAAUUUGUACACAAAGCACAUAAACUGUAACAACAACAACAAAAUACAACUAUUUUCAAAAGAAAAAAAUUACCAAAUAAAAAUAGAAAAUAUACUUCCAUAAAAAAAAAUAAUAAAACAUUAAAAUCUCCAUAAGAAAAAUAUCUAAAUCUAAUAAUUCUUGCAUGCCAAAACAAACCAAAAAUAUUAAAAAAUAAUAAAAAAAAAUAACUCAAAA